CUGCAGGAUAUUGUUGACGCAAUCAAGGUUUCCAGAAGUUAAGAAAUAUUUAGAACUAUUUAGAUCGACAAAUUAUCCAGGAAAACGUAAAUUGAAAGAACCAAGAUGGCGAUGCCUCAGUUAGACGAGUCUAAAAUGCGGUUGGUUCAGGAGCUCGAGAUAGAGAUGAUGACAGAUAUGUACAGCAGGUUGACCAGCGCCUGCCAUAAGAAAUGUAUUCCACCUAAGUAUAGGGAGGCGGAUCUGCAGAAGGGAGAGAGUGUCUGUAUAGAUAGGUGUGUUGCUAAAUACUUGGAGGUUCAUGAACGGAUUGGAAAGAAACUUACAGAGUUGUCUAUGAAGGAUCAAGACUUCCAGCAAAGAGUAGCAGGAGCCGCGGGAACAUAGGAUCCUUUACUCUCCUCAUGUAGGAUUUAGUCAAACCAAGAUUUAGGAUUAAACAAUAUUUUCUAAUAUCUUUAUGAUUUAGGAUCUUUUUUUUUGUAAACUUCCUAGUUCAGAUAACUGGAGACAUUUGCCCGUGAUUCAUUCAGUUAAAAGUAUUCUCCGAACUUUAUAUAUUUCCAGA